AUGCGUUGGAACAUCUUCCGCUAUCUGGCGGACUGCUCUCAUUUGGCUUCGAUAUGUAUCCUUAUAUGGGCUAUUCACAGGAACAAAAGCGCUGAGGGUGUUUCGCUUCUCACGCAGAUGCUUUACGGUCUCGUGUUCGUUACCCGAUACCUGGAUAUAUUUUCUGGCUCAACAUGGGCAUUUUCAAGGGGAGCCUCUCUGUGGAAUGUCUUGUUCAAGCUCUUCUAUCUGACCUCGUCCCUCUACCUUGUCUUCAUCAUGAUGAAGGUGUUUCCCCGGACUCGUGAGAGGGAGCGUGCAUGGAAGCUUGGAAUGUACUCGGUGGUCGGAUCACUGGUGCUGGCACCUGUUACGAUCGCUAUCUUUGAAAGUGGCUUUUCCCACGGCUGGUUCUUAGAGGAACAGGUUCUCUGGGCCUUCUCCAUCGUUCUCGAGUCCGUAUGCGUGCUGCCACAGCUACUUCUUCUGCGACAGACCACUGUCCCGACCGUGAUCGACUCUUACUACCUAGCUGCCUUGGGCUCUUACCGGGCAUUCUACAUUCUGAACUGGCUCGUCCGCGGUCUUGGAAGUGAACAAUCCUGGGAUCUUAUUGCGUUUAUUUUUGGCAUUGUUCAAACCGCCUUUUACGUUGACUUUGCUUGGGUAUACUACUCUCGCCAGCGAGUAAAGCUGCGCAAUGGCGGCGUUGUUGAUUCAGAUGACCUUCGCAAGAGCUGGCUGGUGAACCGUGUAUUUAACAUGCGGGGCGUGCGUGGAUCUACCGACGAGGAACAGAAUUUCCAGAAUGACGGGGAAGGCGAUGAUCGCGCGAAUACUAACCGUUGGGGUGCCCGUGGCAUCUCCAUUGCUGCAGAUGAUACUUUGGACCAUCACAAUGUGCGUGAUGAGCAUGAUAUCAAUGAUGACUUUGAGGGUGUCCUCGGGGAUGAAGAUUCCGAUGCGGAGGAUCUCGCCAGCCCACGCCAUCAUCAGAGCACGGUUUGA